AGUCAGUGAGAGUGCGUUGUAGAUGGCACAAGCCAAGCGGGUUUGCUGCUCCCGUGGCAGCGUAAACGGGGUGGCUUUGCUCAAGGACCCGAGUCCUUGCAGCCCCGACACCCUUUUAGACAUCACGGCGAAAAAAGUGGCUGAAACUAUUCCGUUUCAACGUAUAGAGGAACGUUAUGACCGUAUACCCGAACCCGUACAGAGACGUAUAAUUUUUUGGUCGUUUCCGAGGAACGAACGUGAUAUUUGUAUGUACUCUUCGUUGUCUCAAGUGCCCCCAGUGAAUUCGAGUGCCGAGCCGCAGAAUUUGUCUUUCUGCAAAGGAUUAAAACUGCUCGAGACCGGUUGUGUGGAUAACGUCUUGCAAGUUGGCUUCCAUCUGAGUGGGAUCGUUUCAGCAUGCAGAAGUUCACCACCGCCAACCCUGCCUUGCGGAGGUCUCGAACCUCCUCAAAAAUUUAAAGUUGCCGUCAGUUUCGAUAGAUGUAAAAUUACGUCAGUUACAUGUAGCUGUGAAACAAGAGAUAUAUUUUGGUGUCAGCAUGUGGUAGCCUUAUCACUUUACCGCAUAAGAAAUGCAGAAAGUGUUAGACUUCGUGUUCCUAUAUCAGAAACUCUUUUACAAAUGGACAGGCAACAAUUACAAAAAUUCGUACAGUACCUGAUCUCAGAACACCACACAGAAGUGCUUCCGACAGCCCAAAAACUAGCUGAUGAAAUUCUUCAGCAAAGGUCGGAAAUAAAUCAAAUUCCCGGAGCACCAGAUCCAACAGCAGGAGCUUCGGCAGAUGAUGACCAUACCUGGCAUCUUGAUGAGGAGCAAGUUUGUGAACAAGUUAAAUCGUAUCUCUCUCAAGGGGCUUACUACAAUGCAAAUAAACAGCUCAAUUCAUUAUUUUCCAAGGUCAGAGAAAUGUUGAGGGCUCAAGAUUCUAACGGUGCCAGAAUGUUAACUUUGAUAACUGACCAGUUCCUAUCAGAUCCUAGACUGCAGAUGUGGAAAAAUCAAGGCACUCCAAUGACUGAUAAAUGUAGACAGCUUUGGGAUCAGCUUGGUUCUUUAUGGGUUUGUAUAGUUCUGAAUCCAAAUUGUACAAAUAAUGAAAAACAACAAUGGAAAGCAUUAUUAGAAAAAUGGACUAGGAUAGAUGUGUGUCCUCCUGAAGAUCCAGAUUUUCGAUUGCAACAAGUAAAUCAUCAUUCACACAGAGAUUCUUAUAGGGAUAGAGAUCGUGACAGAGGCUACUUUCAUGAUAGAGAUAGAGAUAGGUAUGCUGAUAGAGAAAGAGAUCGACGUGACAGGAGGGACAGAGAUAGAGAGAGGGAGAGAGAUAGGAAUAGAGCUUUAUACGAUUCUUCUGAAAGUUCUGAUGAUGACGAAGACUACAGCCCAGUGAAUAAAAGAUUAAGGACAGGGGGUAAUUCGAAGUCGGCUUCUUUGCCAAGAACAAUAUUUCAUAGAGCAUUGGAUGGCGUAGGCAUGUCUUGGGAUAACAUGCAUUUGAAAAAUAUCUUGUAUAGCGACACAUACUGUUCCCAUGUUCCGGACACAACUAAUUUAGGAAGCUUUAACUCCCAGGGCCAACCACUUUGGAAUGAAUCUAUUCCUUUAUGUGCGGCCAGAGUGGAUUCUUUGAAAUCUCAUGGACAUAACGAAGCUGCCUUGAGGUUGGCAGUUUCUGUAGUAAGGACAAUGAAACAACAACAACUAGUCGCACAAAGAAGGUGGCACGAAAGUCAGCAAAGUGCAAGUUCUAGCAGUAGUAGUGGUAGUAAUAGUAAAACAGAUGCAAGUUGUAAAACGACAGCUUGCACUUCUAGGUGCAAUGGAUUUUGCAAUGCUAAUGCAUGUAGCACAACAUCAAUCAACGCUCCAGUGAACACAGAGAUGUGGGUGGGACAUCCGUUGGAUCCUAUUGGGUGCCUGUUUGAUACUUUGGCAGACGCUUCAGUUCUUCCUGAUGACCAUACAAGAUCGCCAUCCUUUCUAGAAAUUUUAGGAAUGGACGAUGAUACCAUUAGGCCCAGAUACCACCAUGUGCCAGUGGUAGGCUCUAGGGACAGAUCUGAAACUUACUUAACCCUCGCUUUCGAGGUAGCCCUAAUCGGGUUAGGACAACAAAGGAUAAUGCCUGUAGGAUUAUAUGCCCAGGAGAAAGCUUGUAAACAGCAAGAACAAUUGAUACUAAAAUUACAAGACAUUGAACAAGACAACUCCUUGGUAGCUGUACUCAGAAGGCAAGCAAUAAUUCUUCUGGAAGGUGGCCCCACCAGCGGACUCGGCAUUGGAAUCCACCCGGAGAGCAUACCAAUGCAUACUUUUGCACGUUUCAUGUUCCUAUCUUUAUUGAACUAUUAUCCUGAUUUGGCGUACGAAGUAGGAUUGAGAGCUAUGAGGUUACCAAUCCUAGAAGAACACGAGGAUUCUGAUGACCCUUUAGGGGGUAACCCUGGGAAUUCUUUGAUGAUGGGGAGGUCGCCGAGAUGGUUCACUUUGGGACAUAUAGAGACUCAACAAUGCGCUCUGAGUUCCACCAUGCUGAGUGCUGCUAAAGGUGAAGUUCUACGCUUACGAACUGUUCUCGAAUCGUCCCAAAGGCAUAUUCACAGUUCGUCUCAUCUGUUCCGACUCGCACAAGAUGCCUUUCGUUUUGCAACACCCGAAAAUGGACCCAGACACCCCACUCUGCUCAGUGUGGCUUUCGAAUUAGGCCUUCAGGUAAUGCGGAUGACAUUAUCCUCUCUCAACUGGCGACGAAGGGAGAUGGUCAGGUGGUUGGUUACUUGCGCCACCGAAGUUGGUAUGGAUGCGCUGAUGUCGAUUAUGCAAAAUUGGUAUCAGUUCUUCACGGCUACAGAGGCGACAGGUCCGGUUGCCACGACGAUCAUGUCCCACAGUACUAUUAUGAGGCUCAAUCUGAGCUUUACCCAACAGGAGGAGCUAUCGAGCUGCGCCAGAAACCUGGCUUUGCAGUGUGCCACAAAAGAUCCACCAAAUUGUGCCUUGAAUGCCUUAACUCUUUGUGAGAAUGAGGCUUUGUCUUUUGAGACAGCCUAUCAGAUUGUUGUGGAUGCCGCUUCUCAUAUCAUGACAUCUUCUCAGUUGUUUACAAUAGCAAGGUACAUGGAACACCGAGGUUACCCUACAAGAGCAUAUAAGUUAGCCAUGUUGGCUAUGAAAAAUGUACAUUUAGCCUACAACCAGGAAAGUCACCCUGCUAUUAAUGAUAUUCAUUGGGCUUGUGCCUUGAGUCAUUCGCUUGGCAAGAAUGAGCUAUCGAAUAUGAUCCCACUACUUGUGAAAAAUGUGCAAUGUGCAAAUGUUCUGUCUGAUAUAUUAAGAAGGUGCAGUAUGACCGCCCCUGGAAUGUCUUGCCCACACCCUGCCCCCCUUGAAACAGGAAAGCAUUCGAGCCAUUCUCAUAGAAGCAGAAGCUGUGCACCUGCUGCUAUAAAACCUUUAUCGUAUGAUAGGCCCCCUCUUCGUCAAUUGCUGGAAGCUGCAGUCUCUGCCUACAUAAAUACGACACACUCAAGACUUACACAUAUAUCUCCUAGACACUACGGCGAUUUCAUAGAUUUUUUAACGAAGGCUCGAGACACAUUUUUAUUAGCCCAUGACGGUCAUGCCCAGUUCACGCAGUUAAUAGAGAAUAUGAAAGUAGCCUACAAGGGUAAGAAAAAGCUAAUGUUCCUAGUGAAGGAGCGUUUCGGCUGAUGCUACGCCAAAAGGGGACAGUGUUGCCUGAGAAAUGAACAUUUGGGGUGAUAUUCGUCUGUGUAUAUUUGAAAAAUUGAAGCGUCCGGAAGAAAAGGUAUGGUUAAUGACCUGUUCAGAGUUUUCAUAUCAAUUGGUACUUCUUGCGAAUAUACAUAAAGGAAUCAUUUUAUCAAUACAGGAAUCGAAUUCAUUCUUUGAACUCCAACAUUUCUCUUUAUCUGAUUAACAAUUCCAAUUAUUUUUUACUUCUAACUAGUUUCACCAGACAGUAAUGAAGACUGAUGUUAAAAAAAAACUCACUGACAAAUUGAAAUUGUUUUUUUUUCAAUUCUUGUUAACCAGCUUGCAAAAUGUUUUUUAAAAUUUAUCUUUGCCAGGAAACAUUUUGCCAACCAAUAAUUAGAUCAAGAGAAUAUUAUUGUUUUUCAAAAAUACUACAUUUAACAUCUUCAUUUUAUCAUUAAUGAAUUGCAGAAGUACCAUUUGAAAGUUUAACAGUGAAUCUGUUAUUAUUCUUGCCUGCAAAAUGCAAAACUUAUUGAAACAGUGCCUGAAUAACGGAUUAAUUUCUAUUUGUAUUGUGCAAAUUGAAUCCACUAAAAAUUAGCCACUCAGAUACUUUGAAAUCAUGAUUAUCCAUUGAUCAUUUGCACCCUCAGAUAACUUAUCGGACAAUAUUCAAUUUAUGAGAUUGACUUAACUACGUAAUAUUUAUUUUCAUCCUAUUUAUUUUAAUUCAAUUGAUUUUUUGAUUGAAGAGACUGAUGUAAAGGAAAAAAGCUAGGAAUAACUUCGAAAUUAGCUCUAAUUUCGAACAAUCGAUCCAAGAUCUCAUGCUCUCUUAGGGAGAAUGUUUAUUAGUAUUAUUUUCAUUCAGCAUAUAUUUCACUUGUGUUUAAAUUAUAAUUGUAAUUUAAAUUCAAUUCCUUGAGGUAUAUUUCUCAAAUUCAGUGAUGUCUCCUGUAGUGUAUGUAUGUGUACAUUAUAAGUUAAGUAACAUUGUGCACAUCAAUUCAGGUCGAAAGAUAUCCCUCAAUUUAAGAUCUGGCCAUCUUUUUGUUUUGAUGAUUCCUACAUCCGAGUUUUUAUUUUGUUUAAUAUCGAGCACUAAAAUUUUUUUGUUAAUACUGAUCAAAAGAAAAUUUUACAGUUCAUGAUUGCUAGAUGAAUUCUCUGACUUUUGACUAGUUCUUAUAUAUAUAAAAGUUGUUGAAACAAAUAAUCAAGUUUUGGAAUAUGUGGAUCAGAGAAUGUAUCUACUUCAGCAAAAUCUCAUAAUAAAUUUAGGAAUCAUAUUUAAAAAAAUUUUCUUUAUUUUGAUUUAGUUAUUAGUUGUUUCAAUUUUUAUUCAACCAAAGAUUGUUGUUUAUACAAGUUAGUAUUUAUGUAUAUAUAUAAAUAUAUUAGUUUCAUAGAAUACAACAUAAAGAAAUGCUUCUCUGUAUGAAAUUACCGAGCGAAGAAAGUACUGGAAUAAUAUACAUACGAUCCAUUUGUACUCAAAUUUUCUUUUGUUACUUUUUUGAUGUUAUUUUUCUGUUAUAUUAGGACUUGUGUUAUCGAAUGGAUUGUUUUGUAUGUUAACUUCCUUUUCGUAAAAUUACAAAGGUGAAUGCUUCCUGUUGUAUGUAAAAACAGUAUAGUAAUAGUAAAUAAGUACAAAUAAUUGACAAACAGUUGACCAAGGCAUAAAGCAUUGUCUACUGUCAUUCCAUAAGCUACCUCCCUAGCUGAUACGCUGCAAGAAACAUGAAUCGGGGAAUGGUCCUUUUGAGUGUUUAAAAUUUUUCAAUCAGAGACAAAUGUAAAAACUGUGUGCUUCGGUUAGAACGAUAGAAGUCCCAGUUUUUAAUAAUGCAGCAUCUCAUUGAGAACAUAAAUGCAAAUUUUUUGUUGCUAUGUUCAAACUAAUCAAUCAAAAUGGAUGAAGUAAUCAAUUUUGUAUUAAAAAUGAAGGCAAUACUAGUAUAAAUUUGUAAUCCACCUUCUAUUUGUUAAGUAAUGCCUCUGAAACACAUCCAGAUUUUGAUUUAAAUGGUCUGUGAUUAUCUCAUGUUAAUUUAUGUCCAGUGCCACAAUAUUUUGGCCCUCUCCGGUUUUUAGUUGUUUUGAAAUCUUAUUUUUAAAGUGUGUACAUAUUAAAUUCGCCAAAUUGGUACAUGUUCCAUUCCGAUGAUAUAAUUUUUAUAUUAAUUGUUGUCCUGUGUUUGUGUAUACUUAGGAAAAUGUACAUAUUGCCAAAAAUACAAAUAUUUGUAAUUA